UGGCGCCUGUCUGCCGGACAAAAGGCGAAUGUGUCUGACGGUGGAUUGAAACCCAAUUAGAAACAGAGGAGACAUUUUGGGAAAACUGACAGUCUUCGUGUGUCCUGGCGCCCCAAGGCAAUACAUAUAUGGUCAAAUAAACAUCUGUGGAGGCUCUUAGACUGGAAUAUUAAGGAUGUUCCAGCAGUGUGAGGAGCCUCGUUUCACCAUCGAGCAGAUUGACCUCCUCCAGAGGCUAAGGAGGACAGGGAUCACACAGGCGGAGGUCCUCCACGCCCUGGACACCUUGGACCACUUGGACCGGAAACAUGGACACAAGUUGGCCCAUAAACCUUCCUACAUGCCUCCCUCGUCUUCCUCCAGCACCGCCGCAGCCUCUUCCUCCAUGACUUCCACCGCCACUCAGACAAGUUUCCCUGACAACCGACUCUCACUGUCGCCUAAUAACAACUUCGACACCACCUCCCCGCCUCUCCCGAUUCCAGUAGCUUCACCUGUCGCCAUGGCAGCGGUAGCCCAGAACGGUCUAGUCGGUGUCACCAACGGGAAGCUGUCACCACCCCGGUUUCCUCUUGGUGUGGUUAGUGGCAGCGUGACGGCACCAGGCUAUGGGUUUGAGACCAGUGAAGAGGACAUAGAUGUCGAUGACAAGGUGGAGGACUUGAUGAGGAGAGACAGUGCUGUAAUCAAAGAGGAGAUAAAGUCCUUCCUGGCGAACAGGCGGAUCUCCCAGGCUGUGGUCGCUCAGGUAACGGGGAUUAGCCAGAGUCGGAUCUCCCACUGGCUCCUGCAGCAGGGAUCAGACCUCAGCGAGCAGAAGAAACGAGCCUUCUUCCGCUGGUACCAGCUGGAGAAGACCAACCCUGGUGCCACACUGGCCAUGCGAGCCGCACCGCUGGCUCUGGACGACAUGAUGGACUGGCACCAAGCCCCGCCUCCAUUUGGCUCAGCCCCUCCGGGCUUCCGUCUGCGGCGAGGGAGCCGGUUCACCUGGAGAAAGGAGUGUCUGGCUGUUAUGGAGAGCUACUUCAGUGAUAACCAGUACCCCGAUGAGGCGAAGAGAGAGGAGAUUGCCACUGCCUGCAACGCUGUCAUUCAGAAACCAGGAAAGAAGCUGUCAGAUUUGGAGAGGGUCACAUCUCUGAAAGUCUACAACUGGUUUGCCAACCGCCGCAAAGACAUCAAGAGGCGCGCUAACAUUGAAGCAGCCAUCUUGGAGAGCCACGGCAUCGAGGUUCAAAGUCCAGGAGGUCAGUCCAACAGCGACGAAGUGGACGGCAACGACUUCCCUGACCAGGGUUGUGAGGUGUCCUUAUUUGACAAGAGAGCUUCAGCCAGGCAGUUUGGUUUCAGUCGAGCUGACCUGUCCUCUCCGACCCAGGUUCCCACGCUGCUCCCUAGCUGGUUUUCUGCCCUGGGUAGAGGAGGCUUGUCUGGACAGAGGGGCACUUCUCUGAUUGGCCGCUCCCUAGUGGCAGGGGCAGGCCCUCAGGCGGAAGGUUCCAGAUUGACAGGUGUGUCCUGGUCUCCCCCAUCCCCGUCCCUCCAGGACGAACCCACCAUCCACAGUGCGCUGUCCGAGGCCCAGGACCCAAUCGGUUUGGAGAAGGCGGCUGUCAAUCACAGCAACCAAGCCCUAGCCAAUCAGGUUGAUGGGGAAAGGUGCAGUAUGGGGAAUGAAAUCAAGACGGAAACGCUGGAGGACGACUGAAUGGGGCGGUGGAUAUUGGAAUUGUCGGGGUAAUGAAUGGAACAGGAUCAGAGGUGUGUUAAUAUGCAAGCAGAUUUUAUAGGAAUGUAAUAAGUGAAAAAAAAAAGACCAAAAGUCGUGUAAACUCCAACCCUGAGAUACCUCCCAACCCUACCUCCAACCACCAACCUUCUGCUACGCUCUUAUAGGCAUUACUAGUAUAUUAUAAUAUUAAUGAUAAACCUUUAUCUGUUAAAGUCCUCCCCAGCAGGCUAUAACAAUGCCUAAAUAAAAACAAAUCAAACAAAGACGUAAAUAAAAUAAAUCAUGAAUUAUUUCAUUAACACAGUAACUGUGUACCAGAGCUGCACAAUAUGGUAAAAGAAAUCAUAUUAUUUAGACAGAUAGUACGAUUGUGAUAUGAUUCACAAUUAGUAAGAAUUUUCGCAUCAAAACUUUUUUGGAGUCUGUGCCAAACAAAUGAGAUUUGUAGGCACGGCACAACAGUACUUCAUUAUGAUACUGUUUUGCUACGUUUUACUUUUAUCAAAAAAAUCGCAGCUUCUGCACUUGGCCAUGUUGAGAUUUUAACAAUAUUUCGAUUAAUUGUGCAGGCCUAAUGCAUACUUAAAAGGAAAUACAUAUAGCAAUGUAUAUUGUUUUUCACUUUGUUGAUUUGGUUUUAUCUGGGCAUUAUAAAUCUUCCGUAGGAGAAUGUCUAACAGGACAUGAUGCAUUGUGCAGAUUUCUUUGAAAACUGCAUUUUUUCACAGCAGGACAACACUGUAUUUGACACGGGGUUCAAAUAGUUUCAGGGUCUUGCACUGUGAUCACAACACAACUGAACAGCCUCAAAAGGUAAAUACAUGAAUUUGAAAGUUAAGUUCAUUUUAACUGAUUGUUUUAAAAUUAUGUAGCACAUUUCAUCACAGUUAAAUCAUAUUUCAAAUUUUUGCUGUUUAUUCCUUCCAGUGAGAAGAAGUGCAAAAUAAGCUCAGUUUCAUCGAGGUCACAGCUCGUUAUAUUUCUGUGAGCCUAAGAUGAUUUUAAAAUGUAAAAGAGAGAAAGAAACAGAAUCACCAACUCCUCUAUCCCUGGCCCUGGUAAAAUAAGCUCAAUGUAUGGAAGCAAAGAAAGGCCAUUAUAAUGUAGAAUUUUGUGAACUACUGAAUGAAAUUGAAAACCAACUAUCUGCAUUUGUGUGGUUAAAUUACCCUCUGUGAAAUGUCACGUGAGUAUUUGUAAGUUCUCCAAUUUCUAAAAUGCAACUGAAGUGACUUUUGUCAGUUGUUGAACUGUGCAGGGGUUUCAGUAACCCAUCUGAAUGUCUUUCUUGGAUAACAUUACUGACAUAACUUCAGAAAUUCAAGUUUUACCAAUAACCCCUCCAUACAAAGGCACUCCUGAGUUGUUGUUUUUUUUAAAUUGUACAAUUUGAAAUUACAAUGGGGAUCCCAUAAACAAGUGUUUUAUAAUUUAAUUCAGGGUAUUUGAAUAUGAACAAUAACAGCAAUAACAGAUUCAAAUUGUUACAGCCUCUCUUUGCUUCCAUAUUAAUAACACGUCAUUAAAAAAAGAGUAAAGCUACUCGAUAAAUAAAUGUCAAAGGAAGCCGAAACCAUUGAUAGAUUUAUAGAAAAUAUAAAAUAAAACUAGGAACCCGGAUGUCUAGGUAACCGAGUGCUAUUCAUUUGUAGCUACUUACUCGGUGGGUGAUCAGGCAGAAUGAAUCAAUCACUGUGAGAUGAUCUAUAAUCAAUACAGACCAGUCAGUUGGGAGGUAUUCAACAGUGUAACAAACUGUUACUAGAUACUACAGAUAAAAGUGUAAAGUGACUACAUACAUAUACCACAUGUGUAUGUAUGUAUGUAUGUAUGUAUACACACAUACAUAUAUACAGUAUGUUAUAUAAGCUGUCGGGGUAUAUAUAUGUACCCUGAUCCAUUUCUAUUUACAGUAUAUAGACAUAUUAGCUUCAAAUGAGAGAAACUAUCAGUAUGAGUCUUUCUGUUGGUGAAAGGUGAGUAAACCAUUAGCCAAAGUAUUAAGUUUAAAUUUGGUGUAUUUUCUGAGUGUAUGAUAGUCAUGGGUGGAAUUAUGUUUUAGAGAUAUGCUAAUCAAAGAUGCAUCAGAUGUGUCAAAUUAUUGCAAGCAAAAUGCAUUUUUCCUUUUUAGGUAUAUCUGUGUUUGUGCUCGAUAUGCCAUGUGUUUUAAACACAUACUGUCAUGUUUCAAUUGUAUUUUCAUUUUAAAUGACACUUUAUUGGAUCUUUAUCAUGGUGCUUAGAGUCCCUGCUGUUGAAACAUUUCAUUGAUCGUUAUGAAUGACAGAGGCAGUAGGAAGACAAAAAAAUAAUUGCGAAACCGCGGUUUUCCUCAGAAAGCUAAUAGUUGAACAUUUAGUGAGUGAGUUCUCUUGAUAAAACCACAGCAGAAAGUGUUAUUUAGCUGAAAAGUAAAUAUUUGAUAGACUAGUCAAAUCAAGAAAUAUUUAUCCGACUACAGUCAUUGUGGAAGUCCAACCAGGUUUUGCAUUUCUGUUUAUCUCCAUCCCCACAAGGAAUUCUUUAAAGUUGGGUUUUGAUGGGUUUUUUUGCCUUUUGGUGGCUACUUAACUUGACUUAAAGUCCAAUAUUCAUUCUCAUUUUAGCUCUGUUUUGGUUUCUACCAACCCCUGAGGGAAAUAUCUUACUCUUCAGCUGCUAAAUGUCUCUCUCUAUUCACUACCUAGUUGCUAAGCUAGUUAGUUUGGUGCUGGUAGUGUACAGUACAUUUCCUGGAGCUUUUUCACUGAAAACACAGGACGGCUACAGAGUUUGUGGGCUAGAAAACCAAAACGGUUAGCUCAAAGAGGCUAAAACGAUAAGGGGAACUAUGGAGUUGGAUGAUAAUUGUAUGUGGGUUUGCCACUACAAACAACCCCUUUCACAUUAUACAUAGUCAUUUAAUACAAUUUUAAUGUAAAAAAAAAAAAAAAGAUUGGUGCAGCUUCAAUUGAUUGAAUUUUUUGAACUAUGCUGUAUGGAUUUAAGUUUAAGUGCCUUAUUUUUUGCAGUGAACUAGCAGGAUCAGUGCAUGAAGGACUUCUACAAUGACUGUACGUAUAUACAUCACUGUAUCUGAAGCAAUGCAAGGAAGCUAAACACAUGAUGUUCUGUAAGGGCCAACACUAAAGGGGCUUCACUUAAAUCGGUUCAUCAUUGUUCAUCACCAGGUGCUUUACAGGCUAAGCUACUAGUUCAGAGUUAUAAACUCAACACAAAUACCUCACUUUACCCCCGCCCCCCCGCAGCUAUAAGCUACACCCCACAGGUUCCUCCACAGCUGCUUCAAUGUGAAUCAAAGUUUAGACAGUGGAGAGUAAAAGUAACUGUAGAGCUGAUUUAUUCAGAGGAGACUGACAGCAAACUGUGAUGAGGCUGUACAGAUGUUUCACUGGCUCAUCUGGCACAACAGAAAUGUCAGUGUCCUUUUUAAAAGGGAAAUUCCUUCUCGAAAUCGAGCCAAUAAAUAUUAAGUUUGAAAGUAAAGGGAAAUUCCACUCCAAAAAAGAAUUUAUUCAUUGAUAGUCCAUGAAAUACUUCUACAGAUACCCCCACCCCUCAGCCUGGUGCAAUACUAACAACCCAUCAAUGUUGGUUUCAGACUGAAUGUCUGAAGUUUUGUGGUGGAAUGUCUCUUUAAUUGUACGGCAGCAGAGCUGUCCUGGUGUCUUUGCUUUAAGCGUUUAUAAAACUCUGAGGCAUCAUUAGUCAGUUGCUUUGUGUCAUCUGAAUUAUUUACACCAAAAUAUCAAAAUACACUCUACCACUAGGGGUUAGAAGAUGUUUUAUUUUAUUUGAAAUCUGCUAAGCAGAAGCCUUUCUGAAGUGAAUCUGUAGAUUCAUUUAAGACAACGUGCUGUUUUGAGAUUAUUUCAGGGUUUUUAAUCGUUUAAAUUGCUGCCUUCAUGGUAGUCUCAUGAAGUUGUACUUUGGAGUUCUGAAGCAGCAAAUUGAUGUGAUGUGAAAAAGUAGUUUAUUAGUGUCAUUUAUAGUCAUUUUAGAGCUAAAAAGUUUGAAAGUAAAGAGUUAAAAUGAGAAACAAAAAACAAUGAACAGAAACAAAACUGUUAAUGGUACAUGUGAGGCUGCUGUCUUACUUUUAGUAUUUUAUUAUCUCAGAUCCUCUUCCUGUCUUUAAAUUUUGCCUAUUUUCUGUCACAAUGUGGCUGUUUUAAACAUUUAAAGAUGAAAUGGUUAUUCUCUAACACGACAGUGUUACAGUAGCGCCAAAAUUCAGUUGAUCAUCUAGAAAUAAGCUUGUUGCUUGUUUGACAGCAAUCUCGUGACCUUUCAUGUUGUUUCUCAAUAAGAGUCCAUUUGAAAUCGAUUGGUCUUUGUUUCUUGACUACAUUUGUAUUUGCUUUCAGUUUUUGACCCUAAAGUGGCUCCUUACUUUUUAUUUACAGAAAUCAGAGUGCCAGAAAGUGUGUAUUCAUAUUAUAAUCAACCUGAAAUGCGUAAUAAGUCAAAGUGAUCAUGGAAUAGAAACACAGUUGUACCAGUUUUCCCAUAAACGACACACAAAGCCUUUGCUCUUCCAGUUAUAUUCAGCAGUGUCAGACUACCCAUGUGCACUUUGUUUCUGACAGCAGUGGCGGCAGCAUGUUGUAUCUUUUCAUUGGUUAAAAUGCAGUUCUACCAUCUGCCUUCAGUCCUCUGUUGCCUUGCUGUACUGUUUUGUUUGAAGGAUGAGCUUCCUUUGCUGGUUCUUCACAGGAACAAAAGCAGCUGAGGUUUCAGAUCAGAUCCUGUUUUUUUACACCUGGAACACCUGUACAGUGCACACCCCUUCAGGCACUGAUGUCUCGAUCCCAUUUGUCUUUGUCCUGCCAAAUCCAACUGUGUCUUCCUCUGGCAAUACUGCUGUCCCCUAACACAGACGGCACGGUAAAUAUUUGUCUUUAUACUGUUUGGAUUGUGGCUGCUUCCAGUGGCACUUGUCGAGGAAGGUGUUAAUGGGGUCGUAGAGGAUCUUGAUCUGAUCUGAGGUCUGCUGUGUGAAUUAAAAGCACAGGGGAGCUGUUGUCUGUGUGGUCUCUGUCAGUUCAUGCCUCAGGACUGAAAGCUCCAGUCUGUCUCUAACCUUAGUCAACAUUGUGAAUAUAAGAGCUGCAGUUUGACAUUUGAAGAGUUAAUAUUCCAAAAAGCUGUUUUUAUUGAGGUCGACAUUCGUGCAUUCAACAUAAAAAUGUAAAUGUUCCAUUCCUCAUGUUCUCCCUUAAUCAGCCAAUGACUGUAUAUACUUAAAAUGAACAUCUGGUUCAAUUAUUUUAUCAGUCAUGUAAAAAAACAUUUAUUUUUCUUUAAACUUGAGUGGUUACCAUUUCAUUUUGGCAAUAAACUCUUCAAUAAUUCUCUAAAGAAUGAAAAAUAUCAACCUCAGCAGGACGUUUGUUCUAUCAGUUUGAAUUGAUUUUUAUCCCCUAUCGUUCUUAUCUAUUUCAAGAUUUAGUGCCUUUUUUGGACGGUAGACUGUUCUGUAAUCGCUAUGUAGAAAAUCUACAUAUGCCUUUUGUUACUUUUUCAUCUGUUGGAUAAACCUUAUUUGUUAUUUUUAAGGUGUGUUUUUAUUGAUAUUCUAUUUACAAGGGAAUAAAAACUGAUCAGAGUC